UUAUUCUAUGAUUAUAUUUAUACUCAGGGUGUUAGUAAUUUAAAGUGCCUUAUUAGAUCAUUUUGUUAAAAGAGUUUUUAUAUUUUAUUAUAUGGCAGAAACUACUCAACAAAAUGACGCAAACAUUGAAAAAUGUUACGAAAACUAUAUUUUGAUCGACGUUGGAGCAAAUCUGACGAACAAAAAAUAUAGCAAAGAUUUAGACUCAGUUAUUCAGAGAGCGAAAGAUUCAGGUGUGCAGAAAAUAAUGGUAACAGGUACAUCUGUAAAAGCAAGCAAGGAAGCAUUGAGAUUGACUAGAAUAUACCCGGAAACAUUGUACUCUACAGCAGGUAUUCAUCCUCAUGAAGCUAAAUCAUAUGAUGAUGAUUCUUGGGAAGAGUUAAAAAAAAUAGCCUCCAACCCGGAAUGUGUGGCUAUUGGAGAAUGCGGUUUGGAUUAUAAUAGAAAUUUUUCUGCACCCGAAGUGCAGCAAGAUGUCUUUGAAAAACAUGUGAGACUCGCAAUUGAACUGAAAAAGCCAUUAUUUCUACAUGAAAGAGAUGCCUUUGAAAAUCUGAUUGAAAUUCUAGAUAAAUAUAAAUCCAACUUGCCUCCCGUGAUUAUACACUGUUUCACCGGGACUGUUGAGCAUGCUCUUGCCUAUUUGACCAAAGGAUUUUACAUAGGUUUAACAGGUUAUCUAUGUAAGGACAAAUCAGAUGCGGGUGUCAGAAAAUUAUUGCAAGAUAAUUUGAUACCCUUGGAAAAAUUACUAAUUGAAACAGAUGCCCCUUUUAUGUACCCAAAUACCAAGGCUUCUAAACUGCCAGUGCAUGUUAAAGAAGGACUAACCAAAAGGUCUAUGACAUUUUUACACCGUUAUUGUACAUUUCAAAGAAAUGAACCUUGUUCGCUUCCGGCUAUAGUGGAAAUGAUAGCAGCGUUUAUGAGCAAACUCCCUGAAGAAGUUGCAUUGGCUACGUCAUUCAAUGCAAUGAAGCUUUUUGGUUUAUCCCAAUGAUGGCCAUGCUCAGAUUAAAUAUAUUUUUGUAAUUGAAUUGUGAAAUUAAAUCUGUAUAUUUUAUUAUACAUUUACAAAACAAAACAAAUAUAUUAAAUUAAGGAAAACUGGAAUUUGGUGUCUGGAUUAUAAACUAUUUUCUGUGUUAGUUAUUGGCUUGUUUAAAAAAUAGGACAGUUAUGUUUGAUUUGCAUGUAAUAUGAUUAAAUUUCAUUGUUUGGCAUAA